AUGGAAUGAUCUCAGCGCUGUGUGGCUCGAUUUCUUUGCGCGUCUCGCCGCCGGAGGCGGUUGCUGUAUGAUUUUAGAGCUCUGAACAAAGUCCUUGGCGCGCUCUCGUGUGCCCUAGGCGCGCCACGGCGGCAGCCCAAACCCCCGCUUGUUGCUAGUGUCUUACAUGCCGCUAGCGUUUAUGAGGCCGCCCGCGAAACGCGCACAACUUGCCACAGCGUUAAUCAUAGCACAUCAGCUGCGCCACAAGACUCAUUUGGAGCUGCCGCAAGCGUCGCCUGGACUGCCAAGGCAACGCGCCGCAGCGCAUCCUGCAAUCAGUGGUGCCGCCGCCACGGCCGAGUAAAUCCACGGCGUGCCAAGCGCUGCCAAAACGCCGGUCGACGCGGUAAAAAUACACGCCGGGCAACCAAGCAAUAUACAAUAAAAUGGCGAGCACGGGAAUGCGCCGCCGCGGCGCCAACGCCGACGCCCCGACGCCCCGACCGGAACCCAGCCCGAUCAAGCGCAAGGUCAACGCCACCCUGAAAAAGAUCGACUUGUACUCGAACAACCGCGUCGCGGCCGAGUUCACGACGGCGCCGCCGAAAGAAAGCAGUAGGCUGGCCGUCGCGAGCUACUGGGUCAUGCUCGUUUUAUUUUUGAGCGAAUUCCGCAUCUUCCUCAGAACGGAAGAAAGGGACCACGUCGUCGUCGACCGGAGCAUGGGCCAACAACUUAGAAUAAGACUCAACGUCACGUUCCCCGCGCUGACGUGCGCCGAGGUUCAUUUGGAUGCAAUGGACGUCGCGGGCGACUACCACCCCUACAUGGAGCAGCACGUGGUCAAGCAGCGCUUAGACAAGUUUGGGAAUAGAAUAAGGACGCCCACGCAAGCGACGGCCAAUAAAGCCCCGAUGCCCAAAAAAGAGAAGUGUCCGUCCUGCUUUGGGGCCGAGAGUCCGACGCAGCCCUGCUGCCACACGUGUGAUGAUCUGCUGAGGGCGUAUGGCGAAAGGGGCUGGGCCUCGGACUCCAUCAAGAACGAGGCGCCCCAAUGUGUUGAUAGUAGACCCGGUUCUUUGAGGGAUGUGAAGAAGGGCGAGGGGUGUCGGUUAGCUGGUUGGUUGGAAGUCAAUAAAGUAGCGGGUAAUGUUCAUGUGGCCAUGGGUGAAUCAGCAGUACAAAAUGGAAGGUUCAUCCACCAGUUCGAUCCGAGUCAUGCGCACGCCUUUAACGUCUCGCACGUGAUCCACGAGCUGCGGUUCGGGGACCGCUACGAGGGCAUGGCCGCGCCCCUCGAGGGCGCGAGACGCUACGUCACCCCGGAGACGGGCACCGGGCUGUUUCAAUAUUUCAUCAAGUUGGUACCUACCAUAUACAAAAAGCACCCUUCAGCAACACCGUUGUCGACCGUGCGCUACUCCUACACGCAAAGGUUCCGGCCGCUCAAGAUCAGAGCGCCUUCCGACGAGCCCGUGGAAGACCACCACCACCACGCGAAGGCGACGUCCCCCACGGCCAUGCUGCCCGGCGUCUUCUUCGUCUACGACUUUUCGGCCUUCAUGGUCGAGGUCACGGUGCACCACAAGACUGUCAGUCAUUUGCUUGUUCGAGUCUGCGCGAUCGUGGGGGGCGUGUCCACCACCGUCGGGUUCCUGGACUGGCUCGUGCGGCAUUUGAAGCAGAGUAAGGUGAUUUAG